GGUGACCUUCCCGGCAGCCCUUGCUGGUUCUGCCCCAACCAAACAAAGGCGACGGGAGGUUUUCAAACAGCCGCUUCCCUGAAAGUUGGCUGCGGUAGAGCUGGGCUGCGCUGGCACCUGGCUGGUGCCGGACACCGGAGAACGCGGCAGCGAGUUGGUGCCGUCGCCUGAGAGGACCCCGGCAGCCGUCGGGAGUCCCUGCUUCUGCAGAGGACAGGCCAUUUAGAGCCACCUCCGCAGGGGAACUGCUCCGCUCCGGUGCCAGUGGGAUUGGGGCACAUUCUCUAAACGCUGCCUGAGCCUGAGGGCGCUUGUCCCGUGUGCUGUGCCGACUUGCAACUGGCGCUUCAUUUGUCCUUCCUGUUAAUUGGCUUUGCGUUGUGGUGGCGACUACAGAGGACUCUCCUUGAAGCCCCAGAGAUCCAGGUGAUCAGUGGGUCGUUCUGCCCACAGCAACACUGGCAUUUCUUUAUCAUGGUGAGGUACAGGACGGUGUCAUCUCCAGACCCAAGGGCGGGCUCUGCAGCACCAGAAACACAUGGAGUUUCUACAGUUCUGCUUGCUGUGACCUUCUGGGCCACCAGGGAAGCGCAAUGGAGUCCUGCCAGCUUCGCGCGACGAACCAUCACUUGCCAGGACUCUCUCCAGGCUUCCUGAGACACUGAGUUGCUGCUUGAGGUCCUGACUGCUUCUGAUUCCUCACUGUGCUGCUGGCAGGGUGGGAUUGAUGUCCACUUUGGGACACUGGGCAGAGCCAAGCCCAUCGCCAUCCUCUGUGCCUUUGGCAGACUGGGGGACCAAGCUGGAUCCCUCUCUCUAAAGGGGUUCCAGGUGAGCAAGGGACAGGCUUGGGGCUGUCCACAUUCACUCUGGGGCUGUCCACAUUCACUCUGGUGACCCCUCCUUCACCCUUUCCACUUGGGAACCGUGUCACUGCUGGGGAUGGCACCACAUGGACACAGAGCAAGGGUCAGCAGCCUGGCAGCAAGGCACUAGGUGAGCCUGAGCACUGCCACAGGGCACGGAGCUGCCCGGGGGUGCCAGCAUCCCAGCACGGACACACUCCGGGGAUGUAGGUGCAGGGCGCGGGAGGAGCUCCGGCACGAUGGGCCGGCUGGACGACCAUGCCAAGAGGAGAAUCGUGGAGCUGCGCAGGGCCGGGCUGAGCUUCCGCAAGAUCAAGAAGGUGCUGGAGCUGGAUGAUAUCCGAGUGACGCCGCAGGCCGUGUACCUCUUCCUCAAGAGGAAGAGUGUGGAGCCGGGGUCAGCGGCAGCUGGCUGGGAUGGGGACCAGCCCUGGCAGGGGCACGAGGCUGAGCUCCCCAGGCUGCUGGGCACCCAGCACCCUGCACUGCCCACCGGGGAUCCUGUGGGCAGCCAGGACACCAAGGAAGGCAUCCAGAUUGUCAGCGUGGCCUCACUCUGCAAGGAUGGUGGGCAGCUUGGGGACACUUUGGCUAUGGGGCUGGCCCCUGGGAAUGGUGAUGACAGCUCCACAGGCACAGCCCUGGCUCCAGGGACUGCUCUGAGGGGCCUUGCCCCCCUGCCCCAGACACUGCCCAGCCGAGGGCAGCUGGUCACACCUCCCACCCAGAACUCAGCUCUGAUGGUGAAAAAGAAGACAGUGGACAGGGCUAUCCUUCUGCAGAAAAAGGUCAAAGAUGCCAGCACUCAGACUGCCUUGCCAGACUCUGUAGGUCUGGGCAAUCACAGCCUUGCUUGCAGCGGAGCAGUGCCCCCCCCUGCUCCCAGCUGCCCUGCCAUCGCUGAGAAGCUGGCUGCUGUGCAGCUGGAGGUGCAGAAGCUGAGCCAGGCCCUGCAUGCGGUGCUGGAGCGGCAGUGCCACCUGGAGCGCCAGCAGGAGCAGCAGCAGCGGCUGCAGCAGGAGGUGCUGGUGACACUGCAGCAGCUCAGCUCCACCGUGAGCCACAGCACUGUGCCUGCCACCCAGCCCUGUGGGCCCUUCAGCAGCGUGGCCGAGCCCUCGCCCAGCAUGCCAAACUUCAGCCAGUUCAAGAUGGAGCUGAUCUGAGCUCCCACAAGGCCUGUGUGUGCCAGCAGUCCUGUGCCAGUGGAGCCAGGAGGAAGAACCAUCUCCCAGAGGCUGCCCAAGGAUUACAUGCAGCACCCAGCAGAUAAGGUUCCUCCCUGGUGCCUCAUCUUCCCAGCCCUGCUGACUGGAAGGGGCUGCCUGGCACAAGAGGCUGGACGGUGGAAGGCUGAGGCCUUGCUCCUCACGUGCUGCUGAUCCUGGCUGGCACUGGGGCUGGCUGGGGCCCAUGGACCUCCGGAGAAUGCAGUUGCCUGCAAGGAGAAGAUGCAGCUAACAUGGACACAGCAGGGAGGCGGGGCUCCAGGGAUACAGGGUGCUACCUUCUCUUAUGGGUCAAUGCCACAAUGAUCAAUCUUGCCCUUCCCUCCACAGGAGCUUGUUCAGUAAAAAUCUGUCUACACCACAGUGCAGAA